AUGAGCGAAGACGACUUUGGUAGUUCAAACGAUAGCUACUUCGAAUACACCAGGCAAUACCAGAAUUAUUUACUGUUCGCAAACGCAGUGUUGGCCGUUGAAUUUUUGUUGGCUGUCGUCGGUGUAGUCGCAAACUGCAUUGUUUGUGGCGUUCUUCUUCGCCAGAAACGACUUCUGAAGAACUUUUCAAAUUUUCAUCUCUUCAAUCUCGGUAUAACUGACAUUAUUUUCAGACUUGCUCUCACACCAAUGUUGCUAACCAUUGAAUAUACCGCCGUGGAACAUGGAAGUGAUGCUGUUUGCAAGCUUGGCGCGUUUGGAACCUACACAACAUUGGCUGUUACAUUCACGCUCCUGUUGGGAAUUGCUUUUGAUCGUUAUGUCCACAUUGUACAUCCUUUAAAAGCUAGAUACAUCACAUGGAAACACAGUCGAAAUGCCGUCAUUAUUUCAUGGUUUUACGGAGCAUUUUGUUCUUCGCCAUUCCUUUACAGCAUGAAACUUGCUCUCACACCAAUGUUGCUAACCAUUGAAUAUACCGCCGUGGAACAUGGAAGUGAUGCUGUUUGCAAGCUUGGCGCGUUUGGAACCUACACAACAUUGGCUGUUACAUUCACGCUCCUGUUGGGAAUUGCUUUUGAUCGCUAUGUCCUUAUUGUACACCCGUUAAAAGCUAGAUACAUCACAUGGAAACACAGUCGAAAUGCCGUCACUAUUUCGUGGUUUUACGGAGCAUUUUGUUCUUCGCCAUUCCUUUACAGCAUGACAUACAUAAAAGAUGACUGGAACCUUACGGCUGACACAGAAUACGAGCGUUCCUCUCGACUUUAG